AUGCCGAAAAGGAAGGCUGCCACGCAACUGUCGGGACUCGUGGACAACAACGAUGGCUUUUUGAGUGACACCGACAACAACGCUGACACGGCUGGUCCGCCAGCGAAGCGAUUGAGAGGUCGACCAAAGGCUACUGCGGUGAAAACAACUGAGGUCAAAACAGCCAAAAGAAAGGCACGAUCUACAGUCGUGGUAGGACCUAAGCGGCGCGGUGCGAAAUCUGGAUCAGCAGCGACGCGACCACAGAAAUCGGUCGAGACCGAUGAGGAGAUUGAAAAUGCGGAUUCCCUACAGGAGCACGGAGAGCCUCAUGACGAUGCCAAAGGAUUUUCCGAAGAUGAACUCGAUUCACCACAAACAACAACAGCGGUGCUGCAGCAAAAGCCGGAGGUAAAACCGGUAACACGGCGUGGAAGAAGAAAAGCCCCUGAAAGGGGGAUUGUGAAAGAUGGAGAAUUUGAAUACACGCCUACCGGUACGCGGGAAAACAAAGCGGUUGCAAAACCCAGACAGACGGCGAAACGAUCGACCGCUGCAGUAGCAACUCUGGCCGUGGAGCCGGAAGGACUGCCUGUCAAUGGACACGAGGAAGAAGAGGAAGAGGAAGAGGAAGAAGCUCCAUUGGAGAUUGACGAAACGGCUGUGCCCGGACACGAUAGUUAUGAAUCUCCCCCCGCGCUCUCUUCGCCCUUGAAGAACUUAUUACGUGACCUUCCUGGGCGAGUGCCCACAACACCCAGCCAAAGACGCAGAACAAUCAGUAAAAUGGAUGCGGGGAAUGAAUCCAAUGAGGUCAUGCUAAGGCGAAAGCUGGGCGAUGCUACAAAGAAACUGGAGAGUGCUGAGGCAAGAUACCGUAGCUUACGCGAAGUCGGCAUCGUUGAAGCUAGCGCCAAUGUAGAGAAACUGCGGAAACAAUGCGAAAGCAUGACUGCCGCAUCCAAUGCGCUUAUUACGUCACUAAAAAAUGAACUCGCUGCCCAACAUGGUUUGGCGAAAGAGUCGCGGACGCUUCAGAAUCGACUUGCUGAGCGCGACAACGAAGUGUCUAACCUCAACUCCAAGAUUGGGGCCAUGACAUCCGACCUAUCUAAGGCUCAAAAUGAAAUCAAAGCGUUGCAAGCCAAGCUCACGGCUGCUCGAAAUACUGCCGCGAACAGCGAACAGUCAAGGAUCCCCGGAAGCACCGGAAAAGGACCUAGUUCCUCGAGGGCUAUUAUGGCUGCCAAUGCCGAAUCAGCACAAGCACUGCAGAUAGCCCAGCUAAAAGAAGAUCUCUACAGCGACCUAACAGGGCUAAUCAUCCGCGACGUGAAGAAACGGGAUGUAGAUUACCUGUACGACUGCAUCCAAACUGGUCUCAAUGGCAGUAAGUGA